UCCUGAUUAGUUUUUUCUGGCUACAUGAUCAAUACGAUGUUCCACGCCCUGAAACUAAUCCCCCUUUUCUGCACGUUCCUAAUCUCCCCAACUCUCCAAACGAAAUGCGUAAGCGUCCGAAACAACGCAACAGGAAUCGAAUGGCCCAGCACCCGAAACCGUGCUUUAUCGCGCCCCAUUUGCCUAAACCAAAACCAGGAGUUUGUCUACAGAACCUGCGUGAACGGUAAUUGGGACAGCGAGCCUUUUUGCUACUACACUCAGCCUGAGAAACUGCCAGAAUGUCCAGACGGGUUCAACGAAACUGAAACGACUUGCUACAAGUUGAGCGAAAAAUCCGAGUACCCCCCCAAGUGCGACUACCCUCAAACUUUACCGUUUUCUUUCUACAAGGAAAUCGUAGAUUUGAGGAUCCGUGUCCCGGUUUGGGUCCCCGCAAGUCGGGAUUUGCACAACGGGCUGGGUUUAGUCCAGUGGACUGAACCCAGCAACUACUACAAGACUGAAGUCUCGUACAAAAUCGCAAAAUCGGCCAAACACCACUGUGUCACUUACUACAACAAAACCUUCACGCUGACUUCCUGCCAGGAGGAACACUUUGGUGUUUGUGCGUAUUUGAAGCUCAACCAACUUGUGGACAACGUGUGCGAGUCGGAUUUCUACUGCCUUCAAGGAGAUUUCAACGACACGUCCAAGUGCAUUUGCAAAAGAUCGACCAUGGUGUGGGUCAGCUACCCAGUGAACUACCCCCAAGCCGAGUUCCCCAAGCCCUACCAGUACAGCGUUUAUGGGCGUUUGACCAACGAGACUUGUGCCAUGGGUUUGGUCAAAAGCCCAAAUGGGCGCUACAUUUGGCGCAAUUCUGGCCAAGAACUCGAGUACACUUUUUGGUCAAAAAACGUUGAUUUCACCAAGAGCCAUCAAGGGUACGCAGCUGCGACCCCCGAAGGCUGGAUUUUGACCAGAGGACCCACUCGUUGUGCUUUAUUUGAGCUGGAAGUCAAAGACUUGGAACCGAGUCUAUCGCUUUCUUUUAACCCAAGUACCAACAAAUUUUUACUAGAGGUGGCCAACUCAAAAAGAGUCAAGUUUUUGUAUUUCAGUGCCCUUAUAUUUUGCUUCACUGAUGCCGAUUUGACCUUGGUUUAUCGUUACCCUGCUCUAAAUGCUCUUUCAACAGGGGAAAGACUAGUUCUCCAGUUUGAUCCGUUCCCCCUUCCGGGGAACUACUGGUGCGAAGCCUUCAAAUUUGUGGACUUGGGCGUAAUUCAAACGAUUUAUUUUCACAGACCGGUGGUUUACCCCGAAUUUGUGACAAUCAUAUCAGUGCGUUACGACAAGUAUUCUGACCCCUUGAGCAGUGAUUUUGUCACAAAGCUAAAUCAGAGUGAGUUGUUCCACUCCCUGAGGAACAAUUUGUACAUCCAGACGUUCUACCAGUUAAGAAUCAUGAAAAUUAUUGAUCUGGAUGAAGACACAAGUCGAGUGACAGUCAACGUACAUUUGAGUUCUAAUUUUGGGAACAGCUCAUUCAAUGAAACGUUUCAAUACGAAACUAUUAAACACGUCGUGAGCCAAGCUAUCAGUGGUCUUAAGACAGAACAAAUCGAUUUGGUGGAUUUCCUAAGUUCCGACUUUUGCCCCAACGAAUCAAACCGCCUGACAUGGCCCCAAACACCCGUCAACUCCACUGCAAGUCCGGACGAAUUUUGCCUCACUUCUAAUGGAAGUUUUGUGACACGCUGGUGUCUUGGUGAUUUCGUAGACGGUGCCAAGUGGCUACACUACGAAAAUUGUGUCAUUUAUCCAAAAUCAAACAUCACAAGACAGUUAUUAAUGAUCAUGAACUACUCCAAGAGUUCGCUUCUAGACACACUUUUCAAUCUUUCCGCAAACUAUCGAGAGUUUGAACCCGUGGAUGUGUACCUCUUUGGCGAGAUGUUCAACGGUUUGGACAAUAUCACGUCCGGAGAUCUUGUCCUGUUUGCAAAAACCGUAAACAAUCUUCUGAAAAUCGACAGGAAGAUUGCACGGCAAGCCCAGCUUGAACUAGGGGCCAGUGAUAAGUUUCUGGAGCUGAUUGAAAAUUUUACCAGACAAUGUAAGGACUCGUCUGAGACUUGGCUGAAUAAUUUCGUGUUGGUUUCGGUCGAGUCUGGCUAUUUGAGUGGCCUGGUUGUGGAAAAACAGGACGAGCAAAUAGUUGUGCGUAAACUGACAGAUGACCACUCAGUGCCCGAAUUGACCAAAAGCCAAAACCUGGAAUAUGCCAUUUGGUUGAGUCCCAAAACGCGCCAAAAAAUCCCCCAUGACGAAAAAGUCACGUUUUGGCUCUUUCUCGACGAUUCGUUCUUCCAGCAAACUGUUCCCGGUUUUCGGACGGGUCCAGUUUUCGGGAUUCUGCAUCCAGAAGGUGUGACUUUCACUGCCGACGCUGUGAGAGUGUUACGUCGUGUGACACCGAACCAGAAAGUUGAUUUUUGUGGCAAAUGGAGCUACUCAUCACACAAUCGCGGUUUUUGGGAGAGAAGUGGACAAAUUAAGGAUUAUGAACCGUUUGUAUUGUGUGAGUUUGGCGAAGCUGCGAAUUUUGGCUUGGUUUCUUUCAAUGAUGACAAUGUGACUGAUGAUCUGAUCGAUUUGCUUGACUCGAAUGACACUGUGACCGAAACUUUGGAUAAGCUUUCGCACAUUUCGGAGCGGUAUGAGCAGUUCAAACCAAUUGAUGUGGCAAUUGUGGGGCAAAUCUUGGGGAAAGUUAACUAUGACGAGGAAAUUGAUUUGGAGAUUUUGGCGGUUACUGUUAGCAAUUUGCACGAAAUCGACCGCGGGAUUUUAUCAGACAGUCAACGCCAAGACAGGUCCACUGAUUCGAUCCUUGCCAACGUCGACAUAAUCCUCCAAAACCAGAAAAUUGCAGACAAAGUACAAAUAACAGCUCAAAAUUUUAUAGUUUUUAUCGCCUAUUUUACAAAAACUUUCAAUGGUUUAGUGUUGCUAAAGCAUGAAGGUGUUUUGGAACCGAUCAUCCUGGAGGGGAACUUGACCAUUGACGACGUGGCCAAGUAUAACUGUUUUGACAGCGCGGUUGUUCUUAGCCCAGAGCUGAAAAAACAAAUUUCGGAAAAGACAAAAAUCAUAAUUACGGUGUUUUUCAACGACGCACUUUUUAACGAAAAAACAAACAACAACAAAGUGUCUAAUAAAAUUUUCGGAGUCAUUAUAGUUCCCCCACUGGGGAAAUACCACGGUCCAGUUUCGAUCUACCAUAAACUUUCGGAGACAGUUUUGAGGGAUUGUGUUUUUUGGAAUUACUCGCACAAUAUUCCCGGCUCUUGGCAAAACGACACCAAGGCCCAAAACGACCAAAACCUGACUCGGUGCGAUUUCUGGCACACAACACACUUCGGGCAACUGCUCCUGGAAGGCGACAAGUUCAGGAGCAGUAUUGAGGACUCCGACAUCCUCAGCAUCAUCACAAACAUCAACUGCAUGGUUUCUCUAAUCGGCCUCGCUUUCAUUAUCCUCACAGCGGUGAUUUUCAAGCGCUGGCGCGAAAACACCGGCAACCAAAUCUUGCUCAACUUCACCUUCGUAAUAAUCGUCCAAAUUGCAAUUUUCUACAUUUCAAACUCGGUAAAUGCGUUCCAUAAAGACUACGUUUUCUGCACCAUCAUUGGCGUCUCCUUGCACUACUCCAUCAUCUCGCAGUUUUGCUGGAUGUUGGUGAUUGCAGUUUUGCAGUUUCGGCGCUUUGUCACCGUCUUGGAAGGACCACCGAGAUACAUCUUGCUCAAAGCGUCCAUCUCUGGCUGGGUUCUACCCUUGUUUCCAGUCCUGGCGGUUUUUAUCUCAGACGAAAGCAACUACGUUAAUAGCAGUGCCGGGCUGUGCUACCCGUCAGGCCUGGGGCUGUAUCUGGGGGUUUGGCUGCCAGUGGCGCUAAUAGUUUUGAUAAAUUCGGUCAUUUUCACUGUAACUUUGUACAAUGUGGUUCAUAAAAAGACCGAAGUUGUUUUCAACGGUCACAAUGAAGCGCUGUAUCAGUGGAGAUUGGCGGUGAUGCUGUUUUUUAUGCUGGGUUUGACUUGGUGUUUCGGCUUUCUUGCAAAAUUAGACGUUGGACUAGUCUUUGAGUAUUUGUUUUGCAUCACGGCCACUCUUCAAGGGUUUACCAUAUUUCUCUUCUUCAUUGUGUUCAAUGUCAACACCAGGUACUUGUACAUUGGCGUGAUCAACAAGUAUUGCAAUAAAAUCAAUAACUAAUCCAACGUUCAGAUUGACUUGGGCAAAGCUAUUGUCGGUACUGUUGACAAAACUAAUCAGUAUUUGGAUAGGAUUAGGGCAAAUCUGAUGUUAAACACACUUUGUCGUUUUGUACACUUUUAUGUGAAGGAAAAUAAAAUUUAUGAAAUUCUU